AUGAGACGAUUGCUGUUCGUGUUGACCGACAUGAUGUGCCUUUUGGGGCCGGACGAGAAGCUCCCGUCAGGAGAGCAGCCCCCAGAGCAGUGGUGCCAACUUGAAGACCAGCUCUACUUCGUCGAAAAAAACAACGCUAAAAGAGCCACCGAGAAGAAUACAGCCAACGCGAAGAACAAGAAGACACCUGUAAUCUUGGACGGCGCGGGCGGGGGGGCGGACAAGGGGAAGGCGAAAGAUGACGAAGAAGAGGGUUCUCCGGCCGAGUCCGCGGCCGCGUCGACUACUGUCGAGUCCGUGGCCGCGGUGAGGUGGGUGGCCUCCCAGACGGCCGCGUGGGAAGCUGAGAAAAGAGCCAACGGCAAGGUAGCGUCGACGCCGGCGCCAGACACUCGAGCAGCAGAGCUAGAAGCGAAGAUUAGUGCCUUGGGGCCUGAACCCGUGGCGGAUUCGGCUGAUCGCCCCAAUUGGAUGGCGAAACGAGCGGCGUUGACCAUGGCGGCUGAAAAACACCCCAGCAUUAAGCAGGAGAAGGGGGUAGAGGGGGGGGAAGCACCAGAGGACGCCGAAGACGACGAUAAGUUGACGAGGCCAUCAGGAUGGGUUCACAGCUACAGCCUUGUCUUCGCGUUGUUUGGCCGUCCCGCGGGCAAGCAUGAGGACGUUGACCUCAAGGUGGCCAUGUCUACCGGCCCCGGGAAGCAGGGGCGUCGCGCCCACUCUGCGUCGCCGACUCCCUCUAGGACGUCGGACGAGGAUACAAGGGACACCAGCAACGACCCCUUGGGCAAGCGUGGUCUUCAGACGAUGGAUGGGGCCGGGGGCAUCGGUGGUUUCGCCAGCCGGGAAAAAUAAAAAAAUGGGGUGCGUGCUCAGAAUUCGAAGGCGAAGAAGGAGAAGGAAAUGCAGGGCUGGAGACGCAAGUUGGUGGAGUUCGCAGCAGCCCCCCAACCGGAAUCCAAGUCCGCAAGAGAGCUUUGUGCGAGCGUGGCGGUGCUCACCAAGGCGGUCGUGGCCUAAGGGCGUCUCGACGAGGAGGAGGCGGCGGGUCAGCGUCACAUGCGGACGAUAGACGGGAAGGAGAGGAAGCUCAGUUGUGGGAGAAGCGGGGCAAGGAAGGGACAGAGGAUUAUCUUGCGCUUGAGGCCGAUCUUGAAUGUCUGUAUGAUAUCCCGCCCUGUGCAGCUGUCGAGCCGCUUCCCCCCGUUGACCUCGCAUGUGCCGCAGCCCCCCCUUCGAGUGUGAUUGGCGAUGCUGAAGCGGGUGCUGCAAUCGCUUCGGUCGGCGGUGGAACGGGCGUUGGAGGUUUUGGCUUGCCCGGUUUCAGCGGCAACGUAGGGCUCGCCCAUGCAGCAGCAACGGGUGAUGCCACGGCAGUUGCGAGAGCAUCGGGCGCCGAGGCAGGCGACAUUAGGGUUGGAGGCAACUGAGUCUGUGUGGCUAUAGCUUUGGCUGUUUAUCUCGUGCUUUUCGCCGUGACUCCUCGUCGUUUCGCCGUGACAUGACGCCAGGGAAAUGAAGGGUCCAAU